AUGGCUUCUGUGUCGUCGCUGGACCAGGACAUGCGCAACUUGCGCUUGUCCAAAUACACUCCGCAAGCCGCUAAUGAAAUCCGCUCAUGGAUCGAACAAACACUCGGCGAAACACUACCACCAGGCGAUCUUCUGCAGGAUGUACUCAAGGACGGUGUUGUCUUGUGCAGACUCGCCAACCUAGCUCUGCCCGCCCCAGGACUCAAGUUCAAGAAGUCCGCCAUGCCCUUCUCCAAAGACCCUGCCCAAGUACUACAAUGUAUCAGCGCCUUCAGUCGAGUCGCCCAUGCUGUCAGUCCAGCUAAUUUCCCCAACACCAUCGGCCCUCAAAGGAGUGCAACUCUAAGUCCUGCUACCGGUCCCACUCCCAGAAAUGCCCGGCCAGUCGCUCCAAGCCCACUUUCUGCCAAACCUUCGUUCGCCGUCCCUUCCGCCAGACCUUUGAGCCCUGCUCUUAGUGGAGGCUCUUCUGGCUCACGCGCAACCGAUAAUGGUCUCAAAUCAUCUCGAGGCACAGUUAGUAGCUGGACCAAGGCAGGUGAUCGAGGAAACACAGCGCCUGCCUGGAACAUUGCUCAGUACGGCUACAUGGGCGGUGCUAGUCAAGGCAAUCAGGGUGUUAUGUUUGGUGGGAGAAGACAAAUCACCACUGCUGCACCUCACGUUCCCGGCCAAGGUGAAUCUGCUUAUGAAAGAAGACGUCGCGAAAGGGAAGCAGAAGAAGAACGCCUGAGACAGGAGGUCGAAGAAGCCGAAUACAAAAGAAAAACCGAACGGGAGGCCGAGGAAGAACGUGACCGAAUCGCCGAAGAACAAAAAUGGGAGGAGGAAACUCGUCGCACGAGGGAACAGGAAAGACAACGAAUUCUGGAGCAGAAACGACAGUGGGAGGAGCAAGAACGUAGAUGGAAGAUUGAGGAGGAAGCUCGUCAAAGAGAACAGGAAGCGGAUACUGCUGAUGUCAACUUGAAAGGGCAAUAUCUGAGUCAGCAUCAAGCCGACCAAGGGGCUCGAAGACCCAGCGCACACGAAGAUACGCCUGAAAGAUUGAGAGUUCGUGAACUCGAGAAACAGCUGGAAGAGGCAAGGGAACGUGAGCGUCAGUAUCAACAAGAGCGCGAGGAGCGUGUGCGUCAGAACAGCAUUCACUCGAGACCUUCCACGGCGAGAUCGGAACAGGAAAUGGACCCGAUACCAAGAGCACCCUCACCAAAGGACAGCGAUGUGUCUUGGGCACCAAUAGAGGAUGAAGUGCUAAACAGGAAGAUGCCUGCGCCUGGUAUGCCCCUUGGUUCAUCGAGACCUCUUCCGACUCCAGCAACAAGGCAGACGCCAGUGCUCCCUGAACGUACAGCAUCUCCGGCAGGACCACGACCUCUACCAGAUCCUUCGGCAUGUCGUCCAGUCUCACCAGUCACAACACGUACCGAUCGUUAUCUUGCGGACAAUCCUGCACCGGUGUCACCAAAGCCUGUUGCUCACCAGCCACGGGAGAUGGGCUUUACUUCAACAUACGAAGAGCAAAGUGAUAGAGACCGUCGGAUGGCAUCACAACAAAAAACCAAGGCUGGUGGAUGGGCGUCAAAAUCUCUUUUGGAGCGCGAAAUGGAGCGCGAAAGAGAGAGACAGCGAGAGUGGGAAGCGAACCAACAAGCGACCAAGGAAGUAGCUCAAGACGUGAACCAAGGCAGCGGUGCAGGACAGAGCUGGGAUAUCCAUCAAUACGGUUACAUGGGAGGAGACAGCCAGAACCGAGGUUCGAGCUCCGGAAGUGGAAUUGGAUUUGGUGGACGUCGCCAAAUUAUCGGACCCCGCCCUCCGCCAGGUUCUUGA